AUGGUGCAUGCCGAGGACAUCCCACCAGACACCGAGAACCAACAGGACGACGGCAACAUCGAAGGCAUGCAGAGUGAGCAUCACGAAACAUCUACAACCAACACACACAGCCAACAGUCUGCAGUACCGGCAGCAUCUGUGCAGGCUCACCAGAGACGAAGAAUUGCCCAGUUGGAGGAGAAGCUAGAGGCUCUCGAGUCGGGGCGUGUGGUCAAAGAAAAGCAAGCAAACUAUUACGCGGCUCAGGGAAGGGCGAUCAGGUGCAUUGUUGCUCUAUUUGAUAACAUUGAGGACCUCAUUGCUGAAAAUGAUCGAAGAUAUGAAGGUGGCGAUGAAGACCAUACUAUUGACCAAGAUCGGCUACAAAUAGGGAAUGGGUCGGAGAUGGAGCACGAUGAAUACAUGCAGAUGUUGAAAAUGGUUGGUUUUACAUAUUCUAUGGCAAGCUAUCACAGCACUAUAGACCAGUAUAGACAUCAUGAAAGUCUAUAUAUUACCAUAAAGUUUGGUCAAGAUCUUAUUUUUGCCUCUCUUCUCUUCUUCUUGCUUCUCUAUCCUUCUCUUGGUGUUGAUGUUGUUGGUGCUGGUACUGGUGCUGGUGCUUUGAACUCUGCUCUCUUCCCUCCUGCUCCUCCUCCCCCCAACUAUUUUCGCAUUUUUGACCAUUUGGCAAAUCUUUUCUCUGACUCUCACUUCCUCCUGUUUGAUCCUCUCCUUCUAGCUCCCUUCCCUCCUCUUCCCUCAAGAAUUUUCGCAAUUUUCACUAUUUGUUCUCUUGCCUCUUCCUCCUUUAUUAGUUUACAUGUAUUGUAGUAGUUGAAAUAUAAUUUGGAAUUUUCGCUUU